AUGGACCUCAAGCUCAGGCCAAGCUUCUUCUUCUCGUUUCUCAUUUUCAUCUUUCUUCUCCAAAAACCCGCUUUGGUAUCAGCAUCUAGUUCUAAAUGUAUAUCCAUUGAGCGCCAAGCUCUUCUCACCUUCAAACAAUCACUCACUGAUCCUUCUGGUCGACUCUCUUCUUGGUCCGGACCUGACUGCUGCAACUGGCGCGGUGUUCGCUGUGACCGCAGAACCAGCCACGUCAUCAAGAUUGAUCUCAGAAACCCGAAUCAAACAGUUUACUCUGAUGAGUUUAAACAGAGUUGCUUGGGGGGUAAGAUAGAUCCGUCUUUGACCCAUCUCAAGUACUUGAGCUAUCUGGACUUAAGUUCAAAUGAGUUCAACGGCCUGGAGAUCCCUGAGUUCAUCGGCCACAUCGUUAGUUUAAGGUACCUGAAUCUUUCUUUCUCAUCGUUUUCCGGUGAAGUUCCUGCGAGUCUUGGGAAUUUGUCGAAGCUCGAGUCUCUUGAUCUGUAUGCUCAGUUAUGGCCUUCGUUUGAUUUGCGCGCAAGCAACCUCGGGUGGCUUUCGGGUCUGUCUUCUUCACUGACUUACCUAAACAUGGCGUGUCUGAAUCUGAGCGGUGCCGGUGAAAACUGGUUACAAGAUUUCACUAGACUCUCAAAGCUGAAGGAGUUGCAUUUGUCCAGCUGUGGGCUCAAGAACUUACCUCUCUCUUUAUCUUCGACUGCGAAUUUGAAGCUCCUUGAAGUUCUUGACUUGUCUGAAAACUCUUUCAGUUCGCUGAUACCCAACUGGCUAUUUGAUCUUACCAGCCUCAGAGAGCUAUUCCUCCAAGCAGAUGAUCUCAAGGGCUCCGUUCCUUCCGGAUUCAAGAAGCUGAAGCUUAUAGAGACACUAGAUCUGUCUAAUAACGGGUUCACGGGAGGAAUUCCAGCGGUUCUUGGAGGUCUUCCUCAACUGAAGUAUCUUGACCUUUCUGGGAACUCUUUCCAAGGUCAAAUCCACAAGUUUCUUGACGCUUUCUCCAAAAACAAAGGAAACAGCCUGGUCUAUCUCGAUCUUAAUUACAACAAGUUAGUUGGUACAUUGCCUGAGUCGCUUGGGGCGUUGAGGAAUCUACAGAUUCUGUAUCUUGCAUCUAAUUCCUUCACGGGCUCGAUCCCUUCCUCAAUAGGAAACAUGACUUCACUGAAGCAACUUGAUCUCUCUUACAAUUCCAUGGACGGAGAAAUCGCUUCAAGCUUGGGGAAGCUUGAGGAGCUUGUGGAUCUAAACUUGAUGGCUAACAAAUGGGAAGGUGUUCUGUUGAAGUCUCAUUUCGUCAAUCUUAGAAGCUUGAAAAGCUUCAGUCUCACAACUGAACCAGACAGAUCUCUCGUCUUUAAGGUGCCAUCGACAUGGGUUCCUCCUUUCAGACUGGAGCUGAUCAGCAUCGAGAGCUGCCAGAUCGGCCCUACGUUUCCAAUGUGGCUUCAAGUACAAAACAAACUCAACUCCGUCACACUCAGGAACACUCGUAUUGCGGAUAAAAUACCUCACAGCUGGUUCUCGGGAAUAGCUUCUGUUGUAACUUCCCUAACUCUAGAAAACAACAGAAUCAAAGGUACAUUACCUCAAAAUCUUGUGUUCCCAAAUUUGAUAACCAUUGAUUUGAGCACCAACAACUUUGAAGGCCCUUUCCCUCGCUGGAAAACAAACGCAGCAGAGAUUUAUCUUUACCAGAACAACUUCUCGGGUUCUCUUCCACUUAACCUUGGUGACUUGAUGCCAAGAAUGGAAAGGAUAUACCUCUUUAACAACAGCUUUACCGGAGAAAUCCCAUUGUCUCUAUGUAGAGUCACCGGACUGCACAUCCUUAAUCUAAGAAACAACCAUUUCUACGGUAGUUUCCCAAAUUGCUGGCGUAGCUCGUCCGAGCUUUAUGGAAUUGACGCGUCUGAGAAUAACAUAUCAGGCGAAAUACCAGAGUCUCUCUGUGUGUUACCUGGUCUAAUUGUCUUGCUUCUGAACCAGAACGCACUAGAAGGUAACAUCACAAACACUUUACAGAACUGCUCAAGCCUUACACACAUUGAUCUUGGAGGAAACAACCUGACUGGGAAACUUCCAUCGUGGCCAAGUAAGAUGUCUGAUUUAUUCAUGCUUCGUCUGCAAGGUAACUCCUUUGAAGGCCAAAUCCCAGAUGAUCUCUGCAUUGUCCCGAGUCUACACAUUCUGGAUCUCUCAGAAAACAAAAUAACGGGCCCGAUUCCAAAAUGCAUCAGCAGUCUAACAGACAUUGUGCAAGGUCAAGGCUUCGAGAAUGAGCAGGGUAUUGUCUCCGUGAUUACAAGAAAUAGCAAAUACCAAGAGAUUGACUACAGCAUAAAUCUCUCUGGAAACAACAUCACUGGAGAAAUCCCAUCAGAGAUCAUGGACCUCUCCUACCUUCGAAUCCUGAAUUUAUCAAGAAACUCCAUUGCAGGAAAUAUUCCCGGUAAUAUUUCUAAACUUGGUCGCUUGGAGAAGCUUGAUCUAUCAAGAAACAGCUUUUCUGGUGCCAUUCCUCAGAGCUUGGCAGCGAUAUAUUCUCUGCAUACGCUGAAUCUUUCGUUCAAUAAACUGGAGGGGACAAUACCUAAGCGUUUGAAGUUUGAAGAUCCGUCCAUUUACGUUGGAAAUGAGUUACUCUGUGGGAAACCACUUCCUAAAAAGUGUCCAAGGUAUUAA